AUCUCGGCUAGCUACGUGACACCGCUCUGAAGCUAGCUGUUGCUUGGCAGCAAUGAAGUCCGAUAUCUUCGUGAUUCACUCUGCUCGAUGCAAUAGAAUAUUCGAGCUACUUUAUCGAGUCUCGCUUGCUAUUUUACCACUGUUUGAAUACAACAUAGACAGCAUCGAACCUUACAAGUCCAUCGAAACUCUCAAUACUUGAAUAAACAUGUCUGAAGCGGAGGAUGUCAGUGUGACUGGAACAGCACCACUACCUCAAAUCUGUACAACGAAGGAUACAGAAUCAGCUGAUAAUACGCCUCGAACAGACUCAUCACAAAUAACACUCAAAAAUGCAACCCCGGAGUCAACUCCCAAAAUCCGACUGAUAUCCAAAAACCCACCCCUUCCAAAGCCCAAACAGGCACAAUCAGAGACUCGCUUCGACCUAACACGCAUCAGCCUCUCCAACGGUGGGUUCUACAUUCCCACUCAAAUCUACCACUCCAAAGACUUCAUCGACAAUACCUACUCCCACCCCUCCGGCCUCGUCUCCACCCUCCUUUACACCGAACUCACCCACCUCCUCUCCCUCAACAUCUACCCCCCGGACAAACCCCCUCUCCCCAACCCCUACCGGCACAACCCUCCGCCCUACAGUCUAACCUUCCCUCUCUGGCGCCAAACCGCAACAUGUGGCUCUCAUCUGUCCACUUGGCCAAUCCUCAAGUCGUUCCUCCGUCAAUUCAGACCGUGUCUCGAUGCAGCGGGUGAAGCCUUCAAGAAGUUCAGACCGGAUGAGUAUGCGCAUAUGCUGAUCUAUCACGAUCAUUUGAUCCGUACGUUUCCUACGGCGAGGAAUCCGGGAGUGGGGAGGUCGGUGUGGGAGGAUGGGUAUAGGACGCCGUUUGCGAGGAUGAGGGUUAGUGUUAAUGUGGAUAGGAGGGUGGGUAGUUCGAGCUCAAGCUCCAGGGGCUUGGAGGAUGGGGUGGGGACGUGGUUUCGGGAGGGGUGGAAGGUGGUUGUGUUGUUUGGGGGGUGGGUUGGGGGGAGAGUGGUUUGGGCGACGGAGUGGGGUGAGGUGUUUGGGUUUGAGGAGGCGGAGGAGGGGGAUGUGUGGGUUUUAGCGCCGGGGACGGUGUUUGGGUUUGAGGAGGCGGAGGAGGGGGAUGUGUGGGUUUUAGCGCCGGGGACGGUGUUUGGGAAUGAGGGGUUUGUUGGGCAGAGGGUUCAGGUUGAGUUGUUUGUGCCGGAGGUGGGGUACAUGGGUGAUGAUGAGGAUAGUGGUAAGGAGGUAGUGGCUGAUGCCAAGUGAUAAAAUGGGGGGAUAUGGCAUCUGUACUGUUACAGAGAUUGAGAGACGAGAAUUGACGUGGCGUCGAUAUGUGCGAGUAAUUCUGUGGAAUAUUCUGGCAAAUCUUCUGAGGAUUUGUAGGAUGCCUAGUUCGGAUAUCUUGCAAUUGAUAUCGGUGACCUGAGAAUUGCUUCCGUGGAUCCGAUGCUGAAGAUAAGUACCACACCAUCGUAUUCAGAAAACGCUGAAAAUGUGGUACGAGUUAACAGUCAACUCUGGUUGCCCGAAACACAAAAGAAAUAGGAAAAAAGGACACAGUUAGAUUGGAAAACCAACGUGUUUGAACAUGUG